AUGCCACCCGACAAAAAUGAAAAGUGUAACGCUUGUGGCGGCUACGAUUUUUCGAUUAACGACGGUUUCAAGUAUUGCGACAGAUGUGGAGCGUUAUUCGAGAAUUUUGAAGAGCUAGAAGAGGAAGAAGGUGGAAUUCAACAGACUUUGGGACAAGGAAAAGUUAAAAUUAAGAAAAAUGAUGGAGAGGAAAGGAAAAAGCGUGUAGCGCCAGUUUUGCCACCAAAAACACAAGCAAUGGAAGAAGCAUUGGAUAAACGAAGUGACUUUUUGAGAUUACAAGCUGUUCGAAAAGAAGAACUUGCCCUUCCAAACGAGUCGACGCCUGAUUAUCUAUACCGCCUGGCUCUUCGUCUAUUCUCUUUCACUCAAAUUCUAGGAAAAACCGGUCAUAUUUUAGUGAAAGAACUCAAUUUCGAUCCACGUGUGCAGACAACAAUUCUCGCCACGUUUCAACGUUAUCUCGCUCAUUGCCGCGUGGCAUUUUGUCAUUCGGAACAAUGUGGAAGUGACGAGCAGUUGAGAUUUGUAGCGAUUAUGGAGAACUUGGAAUAUGAAGAACAAGAGCGAGAGGAGAAACGACGGAAAAAGUUAGCGAGACGAGGAAAAGGAGCGAAGGUGUUGAGCAAGUCUGCAGCUGCCUGGACUCUCCUGACGCAAGGAAAUAUUACAGAGCAUCUGGAUUUAGCUUCAGAUGCAGAAGAAGACGAUUUAGAAGAAGAAGAAGAAAUGAAUGUUAAUGUGUCUAAAACUCUGGAAAAGUUGGAAUUAACUCAAGAAUCAACAAUGUUUGGAGAUGAAACAGUUGAUGUGAAUGACACUACAAUGGGAUUCGUACGGAAAGUGACAACCGCAUUAUCAAGAGAAGCACUUCGAAGAGCUAGUCAGCUGAUUCUGAAUCUAGAAUUACUCGUGGCAGUUUUACAUUCUUCUUUAUUGAGUUCUGGCUAUAAAAAUGUGUUCAUUUCGGAUGUUGUACGAUGGAUUCGAGAGGAUCGAUUUAGAAUUCCACGUCGAGCCGUUCGAUUGAUUCGACAAAGUCAUCCGGAUCGAAUGAAAACUGGAGAGAUCGAACAUCACACUGCUGUAGAUUUUGCUGAACCAUUUUUACGUCUUCCCCUUUAUGAAAUCGCCCGAACCUCAAUUAUUUUCAACCAAUCUUUGCAGCUAGAUGACCAGUUGAUUUCCCAAAAUUUUGAAACGCUAGCCUCACGCGUGGCCGAUAAUCUGAAUCUUCCAGUCGAUUUGCUCAGCCGUGUACUCCUUUUGGAGUCAAUUAUUCCAUGUGAUGUAUCUCCGAAAUUAUUGAAACAAGUCGACGUGUCAAUGGGUUAUAAUUGUGAACAGUUGGCAGGAUUGUCUCCAAAAUUGUAUUACAACGGGUUUAUGUCAAGUUUUGGAAGAAAGGAAAGAACACUGCGGGAGGCCGAUAUUUGUGAUGAAGUUCUCCUCUCCACUGAUACAAAGCUAAUCGCCUAUUUUUUACUCGCAUUUCGUCUCACUUUUGAUCUCGACCAUGCUGAAUGCUCUGAUUUUGUUGAUGACCCGAAUUGCGAGAAUUUCGACAUUGACACGUGGAUUCAUCAACUAGAAAUGAGAAUUAAGUGUUGGCAAGGACACGAUAUGACAAUGGUGUUGAGGGAGUCGUGUCCGAUUCCAGAAAUGAUUAUCAAUUCACCAUUUGGUUCAAACUAUUCUUACCACGAUACGAAAGGAGUCCCAAUGGUGACACGACAUCGUCGUCUUGUUGGAUUCCAGAAGUGUAUUCCUACAGAAAUGUCAUUCAACUCAACUUCUACUCUCCCCACUGUUUUUGAUGUCCGUCAUAAUCGAUUUCCAGUGGAACGUCGUCAAAUCGAAGCGAUGAUGUCGCCGUUGAAGUUCCAAAGAGUUAUACUAAGGAAAGAGAUUGAACAGGAUCAGAAAUCGUUUAAAAACGUUGAUUCACAAUCCGAGAAAACGUUUUUUAUGGACUUCACUACAUUUCAAUCAUCUGUAAAUGCCAGAUCAUUCAACGAAUACUUCCCAUUAGCUAGUCGCUAUUCGAUUUACAAAAGACCAGAUUGGAUUCAAAAUUGUACCGCGCGGAAGUCGAAAUUGGGACCGAGAUUCGGCCCGUACCGUUUCUACCUGAGCAACCAGGCGUGCGACGAUUUGCUCGGUGUCGCCACGUCAUCAUUCUCUCGUCGCUUUGAGUUUCUUCUCGAGUCGUUGUCACUUCUGAUUGGUGAAGAUCCUAAAGCAGUUUACGCGGCAUUUGUAAUGCUUGAAAUGCAUUUAACGUCUCCGGAAAAAAUGCAAUCGAUUCGAAAUGAUCUUCUUGUUUCAAUUCCAAUUACAAUCGAUUGUCAGAAGUUUCGAAGUUCGACUCAUCAUGUUCCAUUCAAAUGCAACAUUUUAACAGAGGAACCAUUGAAUCGAAUCGAGGAUUUGAGAUAUUUCAGGAUUUCUCGUGCUCAAUCAGAUCAAGAGGAGCUCCACUCGAAUGCGUAUUUGAUGGAUUUAAGGAAUCAUGAAUUACACGAUUCGUUAUCAUCAGAAGAGGCAAAACGGGUUCAGAAGAAGAUUGAAAAGACUUUAAUAUUAAUAUCAACUCUAAUCCAAAUACAAUGCAACUGGAGAUGGGAUGAGAAGGUACCGAAGAAGCCGAAACGAAAACCAUGGAAUCGAGAUGACUCGAGUAUCACUAUAGCGGCGACGAGAGAGGCGGAGCUUAAGUAUGUGUUGGAUGAGGAGCUCAAGGAUAUUUUAGAUGAGAAGGCCGUGGAGACUCAAUUUAUGUUUUAG